CAGGGCAAAGACAAAUUUAUUGCUCAAACACUCACAGUCAAAGUCAUAUUUAAGUUUAGACACUUACAGAGAGCUGUGCUGUUCUUCAAAAAACAAUCAACAUUAUUUGUAUAAAAAUCUUUAAACAUUAAACACAUGGCUAGUAAAGAGUCUGAUCGUUUUAAUUCAAGAUUUAAAAAAGAUGUCUCAACAGCAAGCUCUACUACUCGAGGUACUUCUUCAAAUAGUACAAAUGUAAACCAAAAGACAUCAGCAGCAAUUUCACCAAGUAAUCACACACAAAAUGAACCAACUAUAAAAGAUAGAACCGGCAAAGGUUUAAAUAAAAAUGAAGUUUUAGAACAUGUAGAAGAAACAUCAUCUACGUCAUUAAAAAAUUUAAAAAAAAGUCCUGCUUCAUCAAUUAACCGUAACAAAAGAAAAAAGAUAAGAAAUCCAACCGGUGCUGUUAUAAUGCCAAAUCAACCGAAUGAGGCCAGAGACGAUGAAGAUACGCAUAUAAACAACGAAGAUAACUCUCAUCUACACUACUAAUUUCAAACAUUUUAAAAGUCACAGCAGACGAGUUUUUUAUUUUCUGGAAACCAAAACCAGUACAUCGACUUUGAAUCCAGUUUUAGUUCAACUAAUAACGCUCUUUUUGUUUUUGUAAGCGUAUAGUUCAAUAAAUAAAGUUUGUAAAUGCUAUCAAUAAAUGUACUCUAAAACAA